AUGUCAGCUUCAAAGAAGCUCAUUGUUUGCGGAGGAACCGGGUUUUUGGGCUCGCGUAUUUGUAAAUAUGCUGUAGCUCGAGGCUGGGACGUUACAUCGAUCAGCCGUUCAGGCGAUCCUCGAUGGGAUACUAUCAGUGCAUCUCCUUCACCUCCGCCUUGGGCACACAAAGUGAGCUGGGAGCGUGGUGAUAUCCUUCGCCCAGCCACAUAUGCCCCGCUACUCAAUGGUGCCGAUUUCGUUGUUCACAGCAUGGGUAUCCUCCUAGAAGCCGAUUACAAGGGUGUUCUUUCAGGCAAGGAGUCGCCCGUUGCUGGUCUUCAGAAAGCCUUCGCUCCCAUCCGUGAUCGUGGCGUGGAUCCUUUGGCUAAAGGACAAGGCGAGGACAUCAACCCCCCAAACCCAAAGGACCAAUUUACAUAUGAGAUUAUGAACCGCGACAGUGCAGUUACCCUGGCCAAGCAUGCCGUUGCUGCCAAAGUCAACUCUUUCUGCUACAUCUCUGCUGCAGCUGGCGCUCCUGUUCUUCCCCAGCGCUACAUUACAACUAAGCGAGAGGCCGAAAUCACGAUUGCCAACAAGUUCCCGGAACUCAGAAGUCUUUUCGUCCGUCCUUCCUUUUUGUUUGACAGUUCACGCCCCAUGACAAUGCCCCUGGCUGCUAUGGUAGGCGUUGGCACUGCCUUCAACGGCUUGACAGGCAACUACUUCAAGAACUUCAUCGGUGCCGCUGGUGUCAAGCCCUUGAAGGUCGAGGCUGUCGCUGAAGCGGUGGUUGAGGCACUGGGUGACGAGAGUGUCAAGGGAGCUAUUGAGGUGCCACAGAUUGAGGAGCUUGCAAGCAAAGCUUGGAGAAAAACCAUGUUGUAA